AUGCCCAUCAUUCAGCGCCUGCGGGCGGCUUUCAGAAGAAAGAAGGAAGAGCCUUCAGCUCGACAGGACACGCUACAGAAUGACGCGUUCAACCCAAUCCUCGGGACGGACCUGUGCCCGCCCAAACUGGCCCUGGACCCCUCGAUCACGUCGCAAGAGGUCCGGCCCGUCGGCAGCCCCGCGCAUGCGCGCCCAGGCGCGCCCGGCGGAGCGCACAGCUCCCGCCCGAGCUCGGCGGCAACGGACUUCCGGUCGCCGCCCUCGCAGCGCCAGGCGCUGGCGGACUGCCGGUGGUUCAUCACGUCCCGGGACUGUCCCCCGGACAUGGCGCGCGACGUCUUCAGCGUCCACCAGUUCGUUCCCAUUCGAGAGAUUGGUUCCGGCGCAAAGUCGCGCGUGUGGCUCGCGGAGGACACCAUCUCCGGGCGCGUGGUGGCGUUCAAGGUGUACGACCUGUGCGCGAUGCACCAGGCGGAGAUCGACCAGCUCCCGCACGAGGCCCGCAUCCACGCGCUCCUCCCUGCGCACCCGCACGUGUUGCCGCUCCACGCGGCCUUCUGCGACUGGCAGGCGUGCUACUUCAUCAUGGAGCCCGCGCGCGGGGACCUCACGUCCAUGUUCCUGGACCCCCGCGAGGUCGGCGAGACCCAGUUCGUCCGCCGCGUCGUGCUGCCCCUCCUCGCGGCGCUCGACCACCUGCACUGCCACGCAGUCAUGCACCGCGACGUCAAGCCGGAGAACCUCGUCUUUGGGCAGGACGGAAUGCUGAUGCUGAGCGACUUCGGGUUCGCGGUCAACGUGCGCAGCCGGCGCCCGACGACGCGCCUCGGCACGCUCGAGUUCACCGCGCCCGAGGUGCUCAGCAGCGGGCAGCAGGACGACGGCUCGCAGGCGCCCAAGGCGCUGCGCAACCCCUACACGUUCGCCGCGGACGUGUGGUCCGUCGGGUGCCUGGUCUACGAGGCCUUCGCGAUGCGCACGCCCUUCGCGCGCGGCACGCACGGCGACACCGCGCGCGCCAUCGACGACGCCGCGUACGUCCCUGCCAAGUGGUCGAGCGCCGCCGCGCAGGACUUCGUGCGGCAGUGCCUCAAGCGGGACCCGACGGAGCGCGCGUCGGUUUCGGCGCUGCUCGAGCACGAGUGGGUCCUCACGGCGACGGGCAUGCUGCCGGAGAGCGCCCACGCCGCGCGCCGCCGCGUGGACAGCAUCUCGCCGGUGCCGGGGAGCUGCAGGUCGUCGCAGCGAGCGAGCGCGCUGCCCGCGGGCGAGCCGACCUCGUGCGACGCGACGGCCGACCAGAGGACGACCGCCGAGUCGACGAAGUCGGACGACGACGCCGCGAACGACAAGGCGCGCGAGAGCACGGGGACCACCGAGCACGGGCGGGCGCACGCGCCAGACAAGCGCCACGACGGACGCAGGAGCUUCGACGCGCCGCUGCGCGUGCCGGCUGGCCUCGCGAAGGGCCAGGAGCCCAAGCGCAGCGCCACUUCGUACUGCAUCGGCGCUGCGUCCACAGCGUGCCCUCCGGCCAACGGGCCCUCGGCGUUCAUCGGGGCCCGGAAAGGACCGUCCGCGGAAGGGUUCCCUCCGCAGCGCAAGACGCGGCUCAACAGCACGCCGGCGGUCAUGCGAGGCGCGCUCGGCCCCCGGUACGGACGGUUCCGUGUCGUCUCGGGCGUGCCGGAGCUCGACCCUGUUGCGCGCAAGCAGGCCGCCAUCCAGGCCCUUCGCGAAUGA